AUGCGGAGUACAGAUCCGUCAUGGUGCCAUUUCCACGACCCGUCUUUAAUUCAUGCCAGUGUCUUCUUUCCUGUUGCCUUGUCCACUUACCGCGCCCACUUCCCUUGCCCAAUUUCCCUCCAGCUUUCACCCAUUUACAUUGACCAACUAGCAUACAGGAUGAGCUUGGUUGGUGCCAGUAAGGCUGCUGCUAGUCAUGUUGUGGUUACUGAAAUGGUAGACUGCAACGGUAAAUUGCCAGCGUUUGUACUCCCCAAAACGCCCAUUUUCGCCUUCCUAUCCCAACCUUAA